UGGAUACUUCUUGCUUCUUGGCUGGUCCUUGGGGCGAUUUGGCUUGACUCCUUUGCUACCUUCUUGUUUAUAACUUCAUUCAUCCCCUCCACGAACGAAUCACUACGAACCUAUUUCUGAGACUUCACGACCCAUACCAAGGUAGAGAUGAGCACAACGACAGGCCCGCGGAGAGAACGUAAAACCUCUCCUUCACGGAUAUUCCUCUCAUCUUUGCUCUUUCUGGUAUUAUUACCCAUGGCCACGGCCUACACCACCAAUCGAUAUAUAAUAAAUAACGCGGGUCCGCUCCCCCGACCAGCUCGAUGGGGACCUCCAGAGAAGCGAGACUCUGUGCCAUUGGUGGUUAGCAACCAAUGCGAGGCAACUAUCUGGCCGGGAAUUGGAACACAGGCAGGCACAGGCGCAGGAACUGGUGGCUUUGAAUUGACUCCAGGGUCAAGCAAGAGUUUGAUGGUCAGCGGUGACUGGCAAGGACGAGUGUGGGGGAGAACGAAUUGUAGCUUCGAUGCUUCAGGUACUAGAGCCAGCAAUCUAAACGGAAAUAAUGGCGGUGGAGCUGCUUGCACAACUGGGGAUUGUGGUGGAGUCUUGAGCUGUGUCAUUACUGGCGCAACACCCGUCACUCUUGCAGAGUUUGAUCUUGCUGGGGGUUCCAGUAACGACCAAACAUUCUACGAUAUAUCCUUGGUCGAUGGAUACAAUAUUCCCAUAGGAGUUAUCUAUAUCCCCGGUGAUAAUCCAAAGUUACAGCAAAUCCCCCCAAAUCUUACAAAUCCCACUUGCAUUGCAACUGCUGGAUGGCUCGCCGAUCCAGCAAACUCAGGAACUUCUGGCAAUUCGUCCAACUCAACUUAUCCAAUUCCAUACGAAAGCAAGCAGACCAACAUGCAGGUGGCCUCCUGGUGUCCUUGGGAUCUCCAAGUAACACAACCCACCAAACCAGGGGAUGGCGUUUACCCAUACCCGGACGAUAAUAUCCAACGUCCCAUUUUUGAUCCAUGUCUCUCGGCCUGCUCAAAAACCAACGCACCAUCAGACUGCUGCACCGGGUCAUAUAAUGAUCCGCAAAAAUGCGGCCCUCCGUUGUAUGCUAAGCAAGCCAAAGCUGUCUGUCCGGAUGCUUAUUCUUACGCCUUCGAUGAUCAAACUUCUACCUUCAUUAUUCCGAGUGGUGGAGGAUGGGAGGUCACAUUCUGUCCUCCUGGAAGGAGUACAAAUAUUCUGAAUACCUUCAAGGCUCAGAUGCAGAGUCUGAGCCAACAAGGCCACAUGACCAAGGCAUUGCUGCAGGACUUGACCAAUAUCACCAUCAUCAACGAGGCGGCAAGUGGUUCUGAGAGAGUGAGGGGUGAGAUGCCGAGCUUCAAUCUUGGAUCCACGGGAGCAUUGGUGGUCAUGGUUGCAUGGGCCGUUUUGUGGUGAAGGCUGAACUGCCUUUCUAGAAGUUUGCAGCAGAGAAGGGGAGGAUGCUUUUAUGAUCGGUCUGUCAUGCUCGGAUUGCCCUGGCGGCUCGAAUGGCAAGAGGCCAACUUGAAUUUU